ACGACUCAUGACCCACUAGUUCGUCGAGUUACUUUCAGAGCUUAACAGAGACCAUAUUCUGUUUACAUUUCAGUCUUUCAUUAUCGAUCAUGGAGGUGAAGGUAGCGAUCAGCAGGAAAGUGGCGCUAAUCAUGGCGGUUGAGGCUGCAGCGAUUCUACAGCUGCCGCCGCCGCCGGUGGUGUUGUCCGCAGCGGCGAAGGCCGCCGCUGCCGAGACAGAUCGUCCACGCGCCUGCACCAGGAGGUGCGGCAACAUCAGCAUCCCGUACCCGUUCGGCAUCGAGCCCGGCUGCUUCCACGCCGGCGGCUUCAACCUCACCUGCGACCGCUCCCACCGCCUGUUCCUCGGCGACGGCACCGUGCAGGUGCUGGACAUCUCCGUCGACCCCAACGCCACGGUGCGCAUCAACAGCGUCGUCGUCAAGUUUCCCGGCGGCGGUGCCCGUGGCACGUGGGGCGGCGCUCUCGGCGACGGCGGGCCGUACUACCUGGCGGAGAUGAGGAACAAGCUCGUCGCGAAUGUCUGCAACGUCCAGGUCCUCCUCACCGGUGAUCGCAACCAAACCGUCAGCGCCUGCUCGGCUUUCUGCAACGUGGAUCGGCACGGCGGCACGGCCAUCUACGUCGCCGGCCGCUGCUCCGGCGUCGGCUGCUGCCAGGCAGACAUACUGGUGGGGCGCAGCUCCUACGGGUUCCAGACUAUCAAGAUGACGAACGGAGAGGCGGAAUCCGGUGGCUGGGCGUGCGUAGUAGAGUCGGAGCUCGACGCCGACCCCGACCAGCUUGGCAUGGUGGAUCCGAGGACGCUGCCCGCGGUGCUUGCCUGGAGGAUCAACCAGGGGACAUGUCAUGGCAACAAGUCCUCGCCUGCGUGCCGCAGCCGCCACAGCUUCUGCGAGAACAUCACCAACGACUACGCGACGAUUGGCAAAGAGGAGGGGCACCUCUGCCACUGCGCUCCGGGCUACGAAGGGAACCCUUACAUUGCCAACGGUUGCCAUGAUGUCGACGAAUGCAAAGCUCCAGGGGCAUGUUAUGGCGAUUGCAAGAACACAGAAGGAGGGUAUCAGUGCCAGUGCCCUCCUGGCUUCGAGGGCAAUGCUUCCAUACCAAAUGGAUGUAAAGACAUUGACGAGUGUGCACAUAGAGAUACCUAUCCAUGCUACGGAAUUUGCAUAAAUAUGCCUGGAACUUUCCACUGCCAAUGCAGUAGUGGAACUUCUGGGGAUCCCUUCACUAGAGGAGGAUGCAUCGCAACCAAGACCUUCCCAGUUCGGGCAAUCGGACUAGGAGUUGGUGGUGGCAUAGGCCUUCUGCUUUUGGCCAUUGCUGCUCCUUUCAUAUUCCGUGCAGUCCAGGAACAGAAGGCGAAAAAGAUGAGAGAAAGAUUUUUCAAGCAAAAUCAUGGGUUGCUACUUCAGCAGUUGAUAUCACAAAGGGCAGAUAUUGGUGGAAGGAUGAUCAUUACCUUAGCGGAGCUAGAGAAGGCUACAAACAAUUUUGAUGCAUCUCAUAAGGUAGGUGGUGGAGGGCAUGGUGUUGUGUAUAAAGGACUUCUAGACCUACAAGUUGUGGCAAUCAAGAAAUCAAAGAUCAUAGUACAGAGAGAAAUUGAUGACUUUAUAAAUGAGGUUGCAAUUCUUUCUCAGGUCAACCACAGGAAUGUUGUCAAGCUUCUUGGAUGUUGUCUUGAGACAGAAGUCCCGCUGUUAGUUUACGAGUUCAUAUCAAAUGGUACUCUUGCUCAUCAUCUUCAUGUUGAAGGACCAAAAUUGCUAUCAUGGGAUGUCCGAUUGAGGAUUGCUCUUGAAAUUUCUAGAGCUCUGGUCUACCUACAUUCAGCUGCUUCAACACCAAUACUUCAUAGAGACAUCAAAUCAUCUAACAUACUUCUUGACGAUAAUUUAACAGCAAAGGUAUCAGACUUUGGAGCUUCAAAGUAUAUCCAGAUCGAUCAAACUGGAGUGACCACAGUCGUCCAAGGAACCAUUGGCUACUUAGAUCCCAUGUAUUAUUAUACAUGUCGACUCACAGACAAGAGCGAUGUUUUUAGUUUCGGUGUUCUUCUUAUAGAAUUGCUUACAAGAAAGAAACCAUUUGUCUUUCGGACCAAUGAUGGUGGCAGUCUUGUUUCACAUUUUGCAUCACUACUCGCUGAAGGUAGCCUGGCUGACAUAAUUGAUCCUCAAAUCAUUGAAGAGGAUGCUGAACAAGUUGAUGAAGUUGCCACACUAGCAGCAAUGUGUACAAAACUGAAUGGAGAAGAUCGGCCCACAAUGAGGGAAGUUGAGAUGACACUUGAAAACCUGAGUGUCACAAGAAAGCAGGUUCAUCAUAACACAACCUCAAGUAGGAAAUACGAGAAGGAUCAAACUGCAGCUCCUUACAUGUCACUGGGAGGGCUCGCUGCGGAAACAAGCAGGCAGUACACCAUGGAAGAGGAAAUGUUGUUGUCUGCAAGUUAUCCACGAUGAGAUAUACUGCUGUGGCCUGAACACCAAUGCUGUUCAUUAUAUUCAUUUACCAUGCAUCUAUAACACCAAUGAUGGUGGCACCACGUUCUUGCCUUCCUGGAGAGGAAAAUGUAGCAGGGCUUGUUGAUUUGCGUCUGAUGCGCAUGUACGGUAGCAAAGUAGCUAGCAAGCUAGGGCAUUAUCUUCUUAGCAUAGACCAUAGAGAGACGAAUCGUGUUGGCUGGCUUCGAACCUGGAUCCAAAUACAUCGUCGUCCCCGCUUCUGUCAGGGCUCUGGAGCCGACAUUGCCCCGCAAGAGCAACAGCCUGAGAUAUUUACGGUCGCAGUCCAGCCUUCACGCAUAUUCAUCACACCAACAGUUCCUGCAAGCUCAUAUCGCCAGUCCAGCUAACUCAAUGACCAAAGCAACAUCACAAUGGCGCAACAGCAUAUUAUCUGAAACGAGUAGCCAUCCCAGACUCGAGUGUACCAACAAACCAUCAUGAUGGGGGCAAGGAGCCUCCCUGCUACCCACCCAUCAAAGCUCGACCAUCAUAUAUCUUCCAAGCAAACACUCCAGAACAUAAAACUGGGCAGGACCAUGAUGCCAACGUCAGGUGCAUCGACAAACUCUUAUCGGGAUCAAGAUGUACCGACUUCACAGUAUCGUCAAUCAAAUGGACUUGGAGCUGAACAUUACCUCCUAAUCUGCAGAAGACAGCAAUAACCUCCUUACAUACUGCAAUCGACACGGCAAAACAUGAAUAAGCUGCCGCUAAUGUACAGGCUACUUAGAUAGCCAGGGGGAUCCUAGCAACAACGGUGUACAUAGACAAGGAGUGUCAGCAACAAGCCCAGUUUUAUUAGGUGGUACACCCUGGAACCUACAAGUUACAGCCUUCAGCGGGUGAAUCCACAUACAUAGCUACUUAAACUACAGGGGUGUUUUCCCUU